AUGGAUCGCCAUCAACUUCGGACGACAACCACAGACGGCAUGCAGGCCAACAACAAAGCACCAUCGCUGGGGGAGAUUGGUAUUGAGUCGUGCCCUCCAAGCGACGAAGGCGAUGGCGCUGCCCGUGUUAACCCACCAGGAACGGUCCUCGACGACAGCGACAUGCACCGCAUGGGAAAGGUCCAGGAGCUCAAGCGAAAUCUGCGACCCGUGGCGGCUCUGAGUUUUGCGUCCGUCCUGCAGGCGACGUGGGAAUCGAACACGGAAGGGCUGGAGAAUGGUGGACUGGCGGGGAUGUGCUGGUCCAUGAUCUGGACAUUCGUUGGCUUUGGCUUUAUCAUUGCCUCGCUGUCUGAGAUGGCUUCCAUGGCACCGACGUCUGGAGGGCAGUACCACUGGGUGUCCGAGUUCUCGUCUCCGCGAUAUCAGAAGUUCCUCAGUUACAUCACAGGCUGGAUGUCCGUACUCGCCUGGCAGGCCGGCGCAGCAUCAGGCUCGUUCCUCACAGGCACCAUCAUCCAGGGCCUCAUCACGAUCCGCAAUCCCGACUACGCCCCCGAGAACUGGCACGGCACUCUGUUCGUCUUCGCCAUGAUCUUCAUCAUCUACGUCUUCAACGUGUACGCCGCCGACGCGAUGCCCGUCCUGAACAACCUCCUCAUGAUCUUCCACAUGCUGUCCUGGUGCGUCAUCCUCAUCGUGCUCUGGGCCAUGGCUCCCCAUCGCAGCGCCAAAGCCGUCUUCACCGAGUGGACAAACCAGGGAGGCUGGCCCAUGGGCGUCAGUGUCAUGAUCGGGCAGAUCUCCGCCAUCUACGGCUCCCUAAGCUCCGACGCAACAGCACACAUGUCCGAAGAAGUCAGCAACGCCAGCCGCAACGUCCCGCUCGCCAUCUCGUGGGGCUACUUCACCAACGGCAUCAUGGCCAUAAUCCUACUCAUCGCAUACCUCUUCUCCAUCCCCUCCGUCGACGACGCCAUAAACGACCCAACCGGCUUCCCCUUCCUCUACGUCUUCCGCAACGCCGUCUCAACCCCCGGCGUCAACGGCCUCACAGCUAUAAUCCUCAUCCCCGUCAUCUUCAGCAACAUCUUCUUCAACGCCUCAACCUCGCGUCAGACAUUCGCUUUCGCGCGAGAUAGAGGGCUGCCCUUUGCGCGGUGGAUAGCGCACGUGCACCCGCGUCGCAAGAUUCCUGUUAACGCCAUCGCUCUAUCGUGUGUCAUCUCGUGUCUGCUGUCCCUUAUAAACAUUGGCUCGGAAACCGCCUUCAACGCAAUCAUAUCGCUGAACGUUGCAGCGCUAAUGUACACCUACAUCAUCUCCAUCUCGUGCGUCGCGUACCGCAAAAUCUGGCACCCGGAGACGCUUCCCCCCUGCCGCUGGGAUAUGGGCUCGUGGGGUCUACCCGUGAAUAUUAUAGCGUUGGUGUACUCGUGCUUUGCGCUGUUCUGGGCGCUGUGGCCUGGGAGUAGGCAUGUCACGGCGGAGAACUUUAAUUGGAGUGUUGUGAUCUUUGGGGGCGUUUUCUUGAUUAGUUUAGGGAUGUAUGUGGUGAAGGGGAGGAGGGAGUAUACGGGGCCCGUGGUGAUUGUGCAGGGGGCGAGGGAGGAUUGA